ACAGCGCGCCCUUUGGCGCAGUUGUGGCCCACUACACCGCCCUGCCUCAGACCCCCAGGCUGGCUUCCCGGAGGGUGUGGUCAAUGUGGUGCCUGGUUUCGGUGGAGCCUUCACCGGAUCCAUGGCAAAGCUCAUCCAACUGGCAUCCGGCCUCACGUGAUCCUGGAGUUGGGCGGCAAGUCCCCCAAUAUUAUCCUCUCUGACUCGCACCUACACUAUGCCGUGGAGACGGCCCAUUUCGGUCUCUUCUUCAACAGGGGCCAGUACUGCUGUGACGGCUCUCGCACCUUUGUGGAGGAUAAGAUCUACGACGAGUUCGUGGAGCGCAGUGCAGAGCGCGCCAAUAAGAGGACCGGGGCAAUACCUUCGAUCAGAACACCGAGCAGGGUUUCCAGGUCAACCAGGAGCAGAUGGAUAAUAUCCUUGGCAUGAUCCAGCAGGGCGCAAAGCUGGGCCCACUAAAGUUUCGCUUUGCCAUGGCUCUCUGCCAGGUGCAGCUCCACUCCUACUCAUACACCCUCACGAGCACUUAGUCUCAGGCGGCCAACUAAAUAAGACAUGGUAAAUGCUUUUAUCGUAACCAAACGACGCGCGCUCUUUCUUGAUGUCCCAAGGUCUAUUAAAUGUGGGGUUGGGCAGUAGGUCUUUUGAGGCAAGCCAGAGACCAAGCCCUCGCAGCUCUCCAUGUCCGCCGGCAGCAACGCCCCACUUUAUUGCAAUUAACAUUUAAAUUAGUCUGAUUCCAUAAUGAUGUUAGUGGAUAUUUUGGAGAAAAAAAUAGACGACAGUGUCUACAUUAUAGCUGAAAUUGGACAAAAUCAUCAGGGAUGCCUGGAGCUGGCCAAAAGGAUGAUACUAAAGGCAAAAGAAGCAGGAUGCCAUUGUGUGAAAUUUCAAAAGUCUGAUUUACCAGCAAAGUUUACACGGUCCGCUCUAGCCCGCGAAUACGUGAGCGAAAAUGCUUGGGGCAAGACCUAUGGAGAACACAAGGAAUAUCUAGAGUUCUCCAGAGACCAAUACCAAGAGUUACAGGCGUACAGUCGCCAACUAAAUGUGGAUUUUACUGCAUCCGCAAUGGAUGAGCUCUCUUUGGACUUUCUGGCAGACCUGAAGGUCCCAUUCAUUAAAAUUGGAUCUGGAGAUGCCAACAACUUUCCGCUUUUGAAAAAGGCAGCUGGCCUGGGUGUACCUCUAGUCAUCUCAACAGGAAUGCAGACAAUCCAAACGGUUGAGAAAAUUGUGAAAAUAAUGGCAGAAGCUGGAAAAUUGGACUAUGCACUCAUGCAUUGUGUCUCGGCAUACCCUACACCACCUAAAGAUUGCAAUUUGCGCUUGAUUUCCAUGCUGAAGAAUCGCUUUCCCAAUGUAGUCAUUGGUUAUUCCGGACAUGAGCUGGGUGUGGCCAUAACCCAGGCAGCCGUCUUGUUGGGCGCCAGGAUAGUGGAGCGGCAUUUUACCCUUGACAAGAAUCAAAAGGGCUCCGACCAUCGUUGCUCCCUUGAAACGCACGAAUUUAAAUCAUUGAUUGCGGCAAUUCAAAGAUUUAAGCUCACGAAACUGCCCUUUGAUCCCGAUGCAAUAAUUUCAAUGCUGGGUGGAGAUCAGGAACUGGCAGAAGCACUUCAAUACAAUGGCGAAAAGAAGGUUUUGGCGUGCGAGUUGCCGUGUCGAAAUAAGCUUGGAAAAUCUAUUGUAGCAGCUCGGACCCUUCGCAAAGGCCUGAAGCUUCAAUUGACCGAUUUGGCUAUCAAAGUUAGUGAGCCCAACGGCCUGCCUGCUGAGGCAUAUUUCGAUAUAGUCGGUAAGGAAUUAACAGACACUGUUUAUGAGGAUGAACCCAUAGCCGGGAACAUGGUAAAAUUGUAAGUCAAUACUCGAGCACUCAAUACAGCGUGUGCAUUAUUAAAUACGUAUCUAAAAAUUAA